CCAGAGGAUGCCUUCCGUUUGGCCAAGGAGGUCCUGCAGUCUGUGCCCAAAGGAGGGGGCACCAACAAUGUGGACGCGGCCUGUUACCUCAGCAGAAAGCGUAAUGCCAAGAUUUAUGCCAACUAUGCCUGCAUACUGAAUCAGACCAACACUGGCAGCAACAAGAACAAGUUCUACAUCAUUCAAGUCAUCAAGGUGGGCACCUUGUUCUACUGCUGGAACCGCUGGGGCAAUGUGGGUCAGGUGGGCCACUCCAAACUGUCGUCACCCUACAGGAAGCUGGUCACCGCCAAAGCAGACUUUUUGAAGAAGUUUAAGGACAAAACCAAGAAUGACUGGAAGAACAAGGACAACUUCAAAGCGCACCCCGGGAAGUACACGCUGAACCAAAUGAAGGGCAAGGUGGGGCGAGUGAGCAGCAUCAAGAGGGACACCGUGGAUGGAAGAGUCAAGAGGGUUCUGCCGUGCACAUUGGACAAGCCAACCCAGGAGCUCAUCCACCUCAUCGUUAGCAAAGACAUGUUCAACAUCACCAAGAAGACGAUGAACCUCGACUUUCGGAAGUUGGCCCUGUGCAGACUGAAUAAGACAAAACUUGUGAAAGGGCUCGAGGCCCUCGAGGAGCUGGAGAAGGCACAUAAGAAGAAAUCUUCCAAGGCAAAGCUCAGGACGCUGUCCUUCCACUUCUACACCAUCAUCUCACGCAAAAUUGGGUAUAAGCGGCUGUCUGUCAUCAGCCCCAGAGAUAUCAUACAAGUCAAGAAGAAAAUACUGAUGGUUCUUGCUGAUAUUCAACAGGCUGAGAAUAUCCAGGCAGAGGCGGAGUUGGAAGUGGAGGAGAUUCCUCACCCGAUUGACCAGGACUACAAGCUACUCAAGUGUAGCCUUAAGAGACUAGAUGAAAAGUCAGAAAACUACCAGAUAAUCAAGACGUACCUCAGUGCCACCGGAUCGCCGUCACUGGAGCUUCUCAGUGUGUGGGAGGUGGACCGGCACAAAGAGGACGAGCGCUUUAAAACCCACGAUGGCAUAGAAAACCGGCGCUUACUGUGGCACGGCACCAAAAUGGCCUCCAUUGCAGCAAUCCUGAAAAGUGGCCUAAGAAUCAUGCCUCAUUCUGGAGGACGAGUCGGGAAGGGCAUCUACUUUGCGUCAGAGUACUCUAAGUCGGAAAGCUUUGUGUGGCGCACCUCCAACAGAAUUGGCAUCAUGUUUCUUAAUGAAGUAGCUCUGGGUAAGGAGUACACCAUCACCACUGAUGACAGCACCUUAGUACGGGCACCAAAUGGCUAUGACUGCGUUGUGGCACGAGGUCGAACAGAACCAAAUGCCUCCAAGGACACGAGCAUCAUACUGGAUGGCAAGAAGGUGAUGGUUCCCCAGGGGAAGCCGCGGUCACAGAAAAAGUACAGCACCAGCUAUUUCUCUCAGAGUGAGUACGUCAUCUACAAGGAGAGCCAGUGCCGUAUCCGCUACCUGCUGCAGCUAAAGUUCUAAGGACCACCAAACGCUUAGCAUUAGGAAUGUGGAAACGCUGCUGACCUUCUAGCUCUUCAUAAAUGAAGAAACGGCCUUCAGUCUCAGCUUGUGAGAAGUAAAGCAGACGCUGAUCAAGUAAAUCAAGAGCACAAAUUCACAUUGCCGUCCUGAACUCGGGUUUGACAUUAAAACACAUACUGGUAAUGCACAAUCAAGAGGGAAAGAAGAACGGCAAGCUGGCCAUUAGAUGAGCCUCAAAACUCGGAAUACACGGGCGGCGGGCCGGCUGGCUAUCCAAUUCCCAAAUGCCAUACAUCUGCACACGUCGGCCUCGUUUGGUUUACCGUUCAUCCUCUUAGAGUCUUCGAUGUCUUCGCGUUUGCUGUGACGCCUUGAGACGUGCAGACACUCGUGGAUACUGUGGCUCUAAGCCCUAAACUGGCGGGGCUGAGGACCACCUGCUUGUUUAACAUGUCAUAAUAAACAAUGGGCUGGCUGGCUCACUCUGCUUCUGGCUUUCUGUCUCCUACUAAAUUGAGCUUAAUAAAUAAUACUGGAAGUCA